AUGGAAGAUCCGACACUGGCAUGGCCGGCCUGGAAGUUUGGCAUGAAGAGAGACGACCUCUUUACUACCCUCCACGACCGCUACAACACGUUCUCUAUUACACUCCAAGACCCUGAGGCUUUCCACCACGAUGUCUUCGAGAUUUCUCGAGACGCGGAGACUACCCACGAGUUUCACGACAUGAUGGCCGAACGGCGACAAAUGCGACUCCGUGAGCUCACCGAGUCUCUGGAGACGCUGGCCGUCGAAAUAAUCGCCAACCCGAAGCUCAUGGGUACCGACCAGUGGCACCAUGCCCUGCAACUGUUCCGAACCAAGUCAUACGACUCUAUUGUUCGCUACUUUGCCAGCUACCUUCCCGAAGAUUACCUCGAUCGUCACGACGCACACUCUACUUCGUCUGCCUCCUUUUCGGAAACCGAUUCUCUCAGUACCGCGCCUAGCAGCGUCGACGAUGCCCCCUUACCCUUCAUGGCUGGCGGCGUUUUCUUUCAAAAUGAUGCUGUAAUGAGCGCCGAGCCCGACUCGAUCCAAGGGAAACCUCACGACGACGCGCACUCUCAGGAACCUCUGUCGCCUCGACACUUCGAGGAUGCGCAAUCGGAGCCAUCUGUAUCAUCGCCAUCGGACACUGAUUCAAACGACUACUUGACGAAUCCGCCAUCGCGAUCCAUGUCGUUUUCUGGGUCCGAAUUCGGACACAUGGAACCCCACUGCAUGCGACGACGAUUUUACGAAAACGAAUCGAACGAGACGUCUCUGUCGGGUGACUGCGACCCCGCCGUCACAUUUGACGGUGGCUCUGUUGAGGGCACGGCUGCCACUGGUGUAAACCGAGGCCAGUCGCAUACUCCUGGUGAUGCCGUUGACUUUGCAGAGGAAGAAGAUAUCCCCACCGCGCAGUACCCCGACGACGAGUUCAACUAUAUUGACGUGUCCCCCUCUAUCCCUUACCCACUCUCCGCGUACGAUACCCUAGAUUCUAAUACCCCCACGCCUCGACCAGAAGCGGCUGCUGCAUCUGGGAAGGCGUUAAAGUCGUUCGUUUUACAAUCGAUGAAGGCGCCUUCGUACCAGCGUGCCACGUCACCCACUCACCUCGUUGCAAGUCGAGAGGCUCGUUCUCCGCCGUGCGAAGUGCAGAGGAGCCCAGGUAAAUGGUUGAGCAAGAUGCAAAGGCCUGUGCAGGACCUUUCGAGAAAGCGGCCAAGGGUGGACUAG